GAAGUACAAGAGGGGGACUACAUGUACAUGCCAAAUGUACGAGUAUUACAAGACCCUAAAGCGGAUGAUUGUGUGGGAAUAGAUUGUAAGGUGGUGAAUAUCGUUGCCGUCAUUUGGUUAUUGGUGACUUUGAAACUUUUGAGGUUAUAACUUUUUUCACCUGCUGAGUGCAGCCCAACAAUAAUCCACCGUGCAUUGAUAUUCAAUCGGUUGUCCUCUGGUGAUCGAUUGAGCAUGCGGUGUAACUCGGGGGUUAUUAUCGUAAUUAUGGCCCUCAUCAACCAGUAAUUUGUGUUUGGGAUAAAAGACUGAAAAAGACGUCGAUAAUGUCGGCUACAAGUAAUCGUAUGAUAAUGUGGCAACAUCGGCUGGCCGAUAUGGCCGUUUGACGAAUAAUUAUUGGCGUAUAUAUUGUUUUAAUCCGUCAUUCGUUGCAUUGUGAGAGUCAAUUGGAAUAUUAAUUUAUCAUGGUCAAGGAGAAGCCUAACUCCAUUCGUAUUUACGACUCUGAGGGCUACAGGCGGAGGGCAGCGUGUAUUUGCGUGAAAAACGACCUCGAGGAUGAGGUUUUACUCGUGACGUCCAGCAGACGACCUGACAGCUGGAUUGUACCUGGUGGGGGCGUCGAACCUGAGGAGGAUCCAGCUGUUACUGCUCUCAGGGAGGUCAGAGAGGAGGCCGGGGUCCUUGGGCAGCUUGGACGGUGUCUUGGCAUCUUCGAGAACAUUGAACACAAACAUCGAACUCAGGUGUGGGUGAUGCGAGUAACCGAGGAGCUGCCAGAGUGGGAGGAUUCACGUUCAAUCGGUCGCAAGAGGAAAUGGUUCACCAUCGCCGAGGCCCUGGUCCAACUAGCCCAACACAAGCCCGUCCAACGAUCCUAUCUCCACAGCCUACUUAACACUAAUCCACGAAGAGGUGCAUCAUCACCAGCCUCCUCCCUCCAUUCCCACCAGAUACCAACUCCCAUUCAACUCGUGACGAAUUCAAACUCCGAUCCACACUUCAGUAAAAACAGCUAAUGUCAAAAUUCAACAUUAACCAUUUGAGUUACGAAUUUUUUAAAUAACGAGGUAAUAACACGAUUGUAAUCUCCAAUUUUUUGUAAUGCAAUGUUGCAGUGACAACGAUAAUCCAAACUCAUUUGUACUUUAUACUUAUACGAGGAAAUAAUUGUAACAAUGCUGUAAGCUAUUUAAUGAAAUUAUGAGGAAGUGGGAGAUGAAUGAAUGUGAAAGAAAUGUGUCUACUGCGUAUAUCUAUCGGUUCCUCGAUUAGGACUGUCAUUCAAAUAAAAAGAAAUAGUUUAUAUGCUCA